AUGCCCUGUUCUCAGUGUCGCAUUGCCUGCAGCCCCUGUGAACCCAUCCUCUCCCGCCGUGGCCGACAUCGAAAGCUUCCUCUCAACAGUUCUUUCCAUCUUGCUGCCCUGUCGACUGCUAGAGACUCACAGAACCGUGAACCCGGCCUGAUCCCAGACCAUCGGCCUAGAGGCAAAAUCCCCUAUGUGGUCGACGCGUCCAAUAUUAGUUAUCUGAUUCGAGAGUUUGGCUCCCCGGAUCAAACCUCCACCCCCAUCGAAGAAUGCCUGAAUAGAGCUAUCCGCGAGCGGCUGGAUCAACCGACAAGACAACAUGUUGACAGCCUUCGCAGCUCGACUCUGCGUCGGCUUAAGAAUGAAAAGGCGUUUGAUUUACCGUCGCAAGCCAUCAGCACGGUUCUAUUAGAUGUCUUCUUCCAGAAUUCCCUUUCUGCGCUGGCAAGCAUCGAGAAAUCCGAUUUCAUGGAUAGCAUCCAGAGAGGCACAGUCUCCCAUUUGUUAUUGAAUGCAGUCUACAUGGUUGCAACCAUCUACUGUCCGGAUUCGAUCAUCAAUGAUGCUGGAUUUGCAUCCCGCUAUAUCGCCAGUCUCACCUUCUACCAUCGAGCCAAGGAUCUUUAUGAUGCAGGGCACGAAACUGAUGCCAUCGCCGUCAUCCAGGCCACCUUUCUCCUCUCCCAGUGGUGGAGUGGCCCUCUCGAACAAAAGGAUCCGUGGUAUUGGCUAGGUAUAACGACAGGGAUGGCGCAAUCCCUGGAAAACCAUACUCGAACCUUGAAUCCAGAGAUCGCAGGCUGUGGCGCAGAAUAUGAUAUUUAUCUGUCCAUGGGUCUUGACAGAGCGCCUCAUGUCCACGACAAUUUCUGUGAAAUACCGACACUCACGGCAGAUGAUUUCCAAGGAGCCUCAGCACCAGGCGAGCAAGUGCCUUUUAUGAUAUCCCAUGUCCAACUUGCUCGAACCGUGUUCGAAGCGAACUUUCUCGAGCGAAUCUCGGCUUGGGCUACACUGCUUCCAUACGAGCUGCAGUUUCCUUCAAAGAAUAUAUCGGGCAUCUUGACUCAAUUGACCUAUGACCAGUACCAGCUGCUUUUUCUCCGAAAAGGCCCAGAUGCAGCACAGAUGGGUCCUGGGUCUCGCAUAUUCGAAAUAUGCACUCGCUUGUUCCGCAUGCUCGAGGACUUGGUGACAGGCGGUAUCCUCUUCUCCGUUGCUGGCCAUGUACUCCCUGCCGUCAUGUCCUCGCUCUGCUUCCAUAUCGCCAACAUUAGCAGAGGACAACAGAUCAGACCGAUUGCUGAGCAUCGAGCACGCUUCUGCUUGCAUAUUCUGAAAGACCUCCAGGCCUCAUGGCCGAUCAUUGCCUCGAAUGGGGAGAUGCUUGAUGACACCCUGCUCACCCACUACCAAAUUGAUCAGUUGCUCCUUCUCCCGGGGAACCAGAAAGUGGAUAUCCCCUGGCUCCAGGCCCAGCUGGACUAUGCGCGAUUCUGUUCCUCCGUCAUAGUGGCUAUGCAUAGUGGCCGAGCCUUGUUCUCACAUCUACAGCAGCAACUCCUGCGCUGGAAGACAAGUCUCCUGCCUCAGUACUAA